AGAUGAGGGCUAUGUUAGCGAGAUUUCUUCUAUUUCCAUUCGGUUGGUCAUUCUCAUUAGAGAUGCGUAAUAUUCUGAGAUUACGCUUCGUGUCAGUCACAGCAUCAACGAUUUUCAAUGUCGCUCGCUUAUUUACGAAAUUGGCAAAUAGCCAGAAAAAUAGAUAAAUUAUUAGUUGGAUGUUGGUACAUAAGGCAAUCAGAUGUACACGGUCAAGUCGGAAAUAUACAGCGAGACAAAUUAUCAGCCAGAGCGCGAUGCUGACGGCAACAUUCUGUCCAAAUUUCGAUUCCGAUAUCCCGAUGAGCAGCAACCUAAAGGUAAAGCUAAAGUAGAUAAUGAUGGUGAUCUGGAGGUGCAGCGUCCAAGGCGUGGCAUCAUAGAAAUCGAACAUUCCGAUGCAACAGAACUGAAGCUCGUCGGUCUUCAAGUCUGGCGUGGAGCUUUACUUCUGGCAGAUUUUGUCUUCCAUCAAAGGGAGGAAUGGCGCUCCAAGACGAUACUGGAGCUGGGAGCUGGAGUAGGCUUAACCAGCAUUACAGCUGCUAUGAUUAACAAAGGGAAAGUCUACUGUACCGAUGUGAAUCUCGGCUGCAUCCUUGAGCUGAUGCGCAAGAAUGUCCAGCGCAAUAAGCAGCUGCUGCAAGGUCAAAUCUCUGUACUGGAAUAUGACUUCCUUGCGCCAAGAUCUCAGUUGAGCAAAGAACUCAUCGCAGCCAUUGUUGAUAGCGACAUAAUCUUGGCAGCGGAUGUCGUCUAUGAGGAUACUCUCACCGAUGCCUUCGUCGCUGUGAUGGAACACAUUCUGGAGCUUGGCGAGAAGUCUGGCAGAUCCAAGUGCAUCUAUAUGGCCAUGGAAAAGCGUUAUGUGUUCACACUGGAAGACUGUGAUUCUGUGGCACCCAUGUAUGAGCAUUUCCUAAGGCAGACAGCGAAAAAGCCUUGGCGCAUGGAGGAGUUGUCAUUGGAUUUUCCACAAUACUUUGAAUACGAGCGAUGCCCGCAGUUGAUGCUAAUGCGCAUUAGCCGACGUUGAUUUCCAGACUGCCAGA